UUUCUGCUACGCAUAGAUAUUUUAUCGCCAUCUCAUUUCCUCUAGUCUUGGUAGAUAACAGUUAAGAAGCGCGUAGAUAUAAUGCGCAAGGGCGUUGUAGACAAUACGAAAGUAGAGCGGUUAUUAGACACCCUCGGUGGUGAUAAACACGCUGUUAGACAGAUUGUUAGGAAGUUAAAUGAUAGCACGCUGAAUUCACGUCCAAUUCCAGCAGAAAUUGGCAAUAAAGUGGAUGAAUUAUACGACAAAUAUAUUGUUAGGGGCCUAGAUGAAACUGCUGGUAGUCUGCGGCGGCUGAUGAUACAUUUGAAGGAUAUACUAGAUGCUGUCGAUUCUGAGAGAAAGGAGCAGAUACUUAUGGGACUCUGGCUAGUCAUACUCUUGAGCAGGAAAUCUGACGUGAAUUCUGAAAGGAGAGCUGCGACGUUGAACGAAAGUGCAGCCAACCCUUUGAAGAAACCAUCUGAGAUGUCAUGGUAUACAAUCCUUGCGGAUGAGCCUCUCCAUGGCGACCACUGGGUUGAGGAUGACUAUGCACAAAGUGACAAUCUCUCAGAAUGGAGUGAGAGCGAAAAAGAUGACUAUUGAAUUUAAAUCAUAUUAAUAAAUACCUUACAUUUUCGUUACUAUCAUACAUGUACAUCAUAUCGUUAUAAUUUCGUAAAAGAAAAAAAAAAGCAAAACAUCAAGCAGUUUGUGCUUGUCCACCUUGAGACUCUCUAUGAACAAGAUCCUGUGCAGCGUGUCUAACGUCGUCUGGGGCGUUAUUGCUGUUCAUUCUGACCAUUUGGAUGUACUUCAAGAUAACGUCUGCUUCAAUCUGUCCGCUUAGGCUGUCCCAAAAUUCGAUACUUAUGGUACCAUCAGCAGUGUUAGAUAGGUUUGGGGCGUUUGGGCCUUUCUUAACUUGUAUCUCAAUCGUAGCAGGUUUCUCAGCAAUCUUCCGUGGACCCUCCAUCGAUUUUCCUCCCUCUGGUGUUUCAAAUGCUAGACUUGCCUUGCGCGAUUUCGGAGAACCAGGUGGAGUCACGUUAGGUACGCCCCUUUGCAGCUGUGUCGUGUGGAUCGACACAAUCUGACUGAAGGGAAUCGCAACACUUGUGAGUACCUUGUCGUGGAUGUAGAGAGGGAAAGGUCUAUACUCCGAAACGUCACUGUCACUGGUUGACCACCUGCGUGGUUGGGGAGAUCUCGACAAUCCUCCAUUUUCGUUCUGCCAAUCGAGAUUAAAUUGUGGACGUCCUUCAUCGUUCACUUCACCAUCCUCAACGGAUGGGCGCCUCUUGAUUGCCUCUACAAUACUGCUCUUCCUACGUACGCCUUGUGCAUCCAUCUGGCCGGGUUCGUCGAGGAGAGGUACAAGUGAGGCUUUUCGACGCUGUUCCACUCCUGCAUCGGCGGGUAUACCACCCCUACCGAGUGCCCUGAGGAUAGACGAGCGACGCCUCUGCUGCUUGCCUUUUGUUUCCUUCGGCCUGUUUAAGGGAUCUAAUACAAGCAUAAGCUGAUCCUGUAUGACGUCAGAGUUGUUCACUUCCGAUCGAUCUUCGAUUGCUCACAUUCAAAAACCAUACUUUAGCAGACAUAUUGAAGGAGCUACCAAGAGAAUCUCGCUUUUGUCUCGAGAGCUCCUCAGCAUCAGCGCGUUGGGCGCUUUGGCCUUUGAAGCCAAUUCCAAAUUUGUGGGAGCUUGGUGGCGUCGUUCUAUCGUCUGGUUGUUCCUUACUCAAAGUAAGCUGGACUGGUAACGGUUCUCUAGAGGUGUAUGUUGGCUUCCUGAUCUGUGAUGUGUAGAAGUUACGCUCUCUAGGCCAGGGUAUUCUUGGCGCAAGAUUAUCUGGAUUCUCAUCGAAUGUUAACUUAGUUGUUAUAAACUGCAUAGUUAUGCUGUUAAUGGUCAAACAACAAGGAAUGACAAAAUGGCACUUUCAAAGACAUCUUCACACAUGACAAAUGACAUAACUUAAAACAGCGUCAUCUUUAAUUAUUGAUCGGGGUGUAGAAUAUUCUCAUAAACUUUCGUCUGUCUUGUACGCUAAAAUUUCUGGUAAAUCGCACGCUGAAAAAAAUUAAAUUUGUGAAACACAUCAAUGUGGAUCUCUAGAAAACAAAGUACUGCUUAAAAAUUGAAA